AUGGACGGCCCACUUCACAAGGCGGUGGUGAACAAGAAGCCCAUCCCAGAGAUCGACUUCACUCUGCAUAUCAUGGAAGAUGGCACGCAAGUCAGCACGCAAGAGCGGGUAUGCAAAGAUGUGCAGGCCCCCGCCAUGCAGCGGCCGACCGACGACCAAUUCAGGUCACCCAUCGACCGAAAUAAGCCCAAUCUGCCCUUUCUCAAGCAACAUUUCUAUCGCGAAGGCCGAUUGACUGAAGAACAAGCGCUAUGGAUCAUCAGCGAGGGCACAAAGCUUCUGCGGGCAGAGCCCAAUCUGUUGGAAAUGGACGCGCCGAUCACCGUGUGUGGCGACGUUCACGGACAGUACUUCGACUUGAUGAAAUUGUUCGAGGUCGGUGGCGAUCCAGCCGAGACCAGGUAUCUCUUCCUGGGCGACUAUGUAGACCGAGGAUAUUUCAGCAUUGAAUGCGUUCUCUACCUAUGGUCUCUCAAAAUCUGGUACCCCAACACGCUGUGGCUUCUGCGUGGAAACCACGAAUGCCGUCAUUUGACAGACUACUUCACCUUCAAACUAGAAUGCAAGCACAAGUACUCGGAGAGAGUAUAUGAUGCAUGCAUGGAAUCGUUCUGCGCACUGCCGUUGGCGGCGGUGAUGAACAAGCAGUUCUUGUGCAUUCAUGGAGGUCUGAGUCCGGAGCUACACACGUUGGAAGAUAUCAAGAGCAUCGAUCGCUUCCGCGAGCCGCCCACCCAUGGUCUUAUGUGCGACAUCCUCUGGGCCGACCCCCUGGAAGAAUUUGGACAGGAAAAGACAGGAGAAUACUUUGUACACAACCACGUGCGAGGGUGCUCAUACUUCUUCUCCUACCCCGCCGCAUGCAACUUUCUCGAGAAGAACAACCUCCUGUCGAUCAUUCGAGCCCACGAAGCUCAAGAUGCCGGAUACCGGAUGUAUCGCAAGACUCGGACGACGGGAUUCCCCAGUGUCAUGACGAUCUUCAGUGCGCCGAAUUAUCUCGAUGUCUACAACAACAAGGCUGCGGUGCUCAAGUACGAGAACAAUGUGAUGAACAUCCGACAGUUCAAUUGCACCCCUCACCCCUACUGGCUUCCGAACUUUAUGGACGUAUUUACCUGGUCUCUACCCUUCGUGGGCGAAAAGAUCACGGAUAUGCUGAUCGCCAUCCUCAACACUUGUUCCAAAGAGGAACUGGAGGAAGACACCCGAAGCUCCAGCGUUGGUCCAGAGACGCCGCCUUUCGCCCAAGAUUCCGAGUCUACAGAAGCCAAACGUCGAGCCAUCAAGAACAAGAUCCUGGCCAUCGGCCGGCUGUCAAGGGUCUUCCAAGUGCUGCGAGAAGAGUCGGAGCGUGUCACGGAGCUCAAGACCCAGGCUGGAGGUCGGCUCCCUGCGGGCACUUUGAUGCUUGGUGCCGAGGGAAUUAAGCAAGCCAUCCACAACUUCGAAGACGCCCGCAAAGUCGAUAUCCAGAACGAGCGACUUCCACCGUCUCCGGAGGAGGUUGAGAAGAGAAGCGCCGAAGACAGAAGAGCCGCGCUGGAGAGGGCUGCCACUGAAGCCGAGAACGACACCACCUUACAAGGUGUGGCGCGGAGAAUCAGUUUGUGA